AAAAAGUUAGUGAACAAAUGAAAUACGGCAACGUCACGCAAUAGUGAAUGAUCAGUGAUUUUAUUUCGGCGUUCCGCAAAUAAUUAUUUUAGAUUCUAAUAAAUUAAAUUCUUAAUAAUAUGGCAGACAAUAAGAGCCCCGACGAUUUAUCUACUGCGAUUUUACGCCGCAAGGACAGGCCUAACCGUUUGAUCGUUGAAGAGGCAGUCAGCGAUGACAAUUCCGUGGUCUCAUUAUCCCAGGCAAAAAUGGAGCAGCUGCAGCUGUUCCGCGGUGACACAGUGCUGCUCAAGGGCAAACGUCGCAAGGAGACGGUGUGCAUCGUGCUCUCCGACGAGAACUGCCCUGAUGAGAAGAUCCGCAUGAACCGCGUGGUCCGCAACAACCUGCGCGUGCGACUGUCCGACGUGGUCUCCAUCGCUCCAUGCCCCUCUGUGAAGUACGGCAAGCGGGUCCACAUUCUGCCCAUUGAUGAUUCCGUUGAGGGAUUGACAGGGAACCUGUUUGAGGUGUAUCUGAAGCCGUAUUUCAUGGAGGCUUACCGGCCGAUUCACCGCGACGAUACCUUCAUGGUGCGCGGCGGCAUGCGCGCCGUCGAGUUCAAAGUGGUGGAGACGGAUCCAGCACCGUACUGUAUUGUCGCACCCGAUACUGUGAUACAUUGCGAGGGCGAGCCUAUUAAACGAGAGGAGGAAGAGGAAGCGCUGAACGCGGUCGGCUACGACGACAUCGGCGGGUGCCGCAAGCAGCUCGCCCAGAUCAAGGAGAUGGUGGAGCUGCCGCUGCGACACCCCUCCCUGUUCAAGGCCAUCGGCGUGAAGCCCCCCCGCGGGAUACUCAUGUACGGCCCCCCCGGCACCGGGAAGACGCUCAUCGCGCGCGCCGUCGCCAAUGAGACCGGUGCAUUCUUCUUCCUGAUCAACGGCCCGGAGAUCAUGUCUAAGUUGGCUGGAGAAUCGGAGUCCAACCUGCGUAAAGCCUUUGAGGAGGCAGACAAGAACUCCCCAGCUAUCAUCUUCAUCGACGAGUUGGAUGCUAUCGCACCUAAACGUGAGAAGACGCACGGUGAAGUGGAGAGACGUAUUGUGUCGCAGCUGCUUACUCUUAUGGAUGGUAUGAAGAAGUCGUCCCACGUGAUCGUAAUGGCGGCGACGAACCGUCCGAACUCGAUCGACGCGGCGCUGCGGCGGUUCGGGCGGUUCGACCGCGAGAUCGACAUCGGCAUCCCGGACGCCACCGGCCGCCUCGAGAUCUUGCGCAUACACACCAAGAACAUGAAGCUGGGCGACGACGUCGAUCUAGAGCAGAUCGCGGCGGAAUCGCACGGUCACGUGGGCGCGGAUCUCGCCUCCCUGUGCUCGGAGGCGGCGCUGCAGCAGAUCAGAGAGAAGAUGGACCUCAUCGAUCUCGAGGAUGACCAGAUCGACGCCGAAGUCCUUAACUCGCUAGCCGUGUCUAUGGAUAACUUCCGUUACGCCAUGACGAAAUCAUCGCCGUCGGCGCUGCGCGAGACGGUAGUGGAGGUGCCGAACGUGUCGUGGUCGGACGUGGGCGGGUUGCAGGCGGUCAAGCGCGAGCUGCAGGAGCUCGUCCAGUACCCCGUGGAACACCCAGACAAGUUCCUCAAGUUCGGCAUGCAGCCCUCGCGCGGAGUGCUCUUCUACGGCCCGCCGGGAUGCGGUAAAACUCUGUUGGCUAAGGCCAUCGCCAAUGAGUGCCAGGCCAACUUCAUCUCGGUGAAGGGGCCCGAACUGCUGACCAUGUGGUUUGGUGAAUCAGAGGCCAACGUGCGAGAUAUUUUCGACAAGGCCCGCUCAGCGUCCCCCUGCGUGCUAUUCUUCGAUGAACUGGACUCAAUCGCGAAGUCUCGUGGUGGGUCCGUGUCGGACGCCGGCGGCGCCGCCGACCGUGUCAUCAACCAGAUACUGACGGAGAUGGACGGCAUGGGCGCUAAGAAGAACGUGUUUAUCAUCGGCGCUACCAACCGUCCGGACAUAAUCGACCCGGCGAUCCUGCGGCCGGGGCGUCUGGACCAGCUGAUCUAUAUCCCGCUGCCGGACGAGAAGUCGCGCGAGGCGAUCCUCCGCGCUAACCUGCGCAAGUCGCCCAUCGCCAAAGAUGUCGACCUCGGUUACCUCGCCAAGGUGACACAAGGUUUCUCCGGUGCUGAUCUGACGGAGGUGUGUCAGCGCGCGUGCAAGCUCGCCAUCCGCCAGGCGAUCGAGGCCGACAUUACCCGCGAGCGCGCCCGCCAGAGCCAGCCCGCUGCCGCCGUCAUGGACAUGGACGAGGAGGAUCCCGUGCCGGAGAUCAGCCGCGCGCACUUCGAGGAAGCGAUGAAGUUUGCGCGCCGCUCCGUCUCAGACAACGACGUGCGCAAGUACGAGAUGUUCGCGCAGACGCUGCAGCAGAGCCGCGGAUUCGGGACCAACUUCAGAUUCCCAGCGGGCAGCGCGGGCGGGGGCGGCACGGGCACGUCGGGCGGCGACCAACCCACCUUCCAAGACGAAGGCGGCGACGACGACCUCUACAGCUAAGCGGCUUCACGACCACCGCCGGCGCACGCGAGUGUACGGGACGCACGUUACAGUUCGCGCGAUCACUUAUUCUACACUCCAUUGGACGAUAAGGUCUAAUACUAUACUCCAGUUGUGCAGUUCGGUCACAGAAGAUGUAACGCUUGUGUGCGCAGGGCGGUCUGAUAUUAAAAAUAAAGAUACUGCUGUAUAACUCUGUCUAAAGUGAGUUCUGACCGAACUGUGCAUACUGUCUUUACCUAGACUGUCGGCAUUUCUCUACAACAUUCCCGUAUAUGGUCGCGCGCGCCGGUCUAGCAUAAGGUUAGAAUGUCGGAUCUCUGGAGGCGGUAUAUUAAUGUCACUUUGUAUUCAAUUUAACGGCAGUGAGACUGUUCGUCGAUGUCUAUAAAAUAUAUUGUAUUUAUUUCACAAUCCGAUCGUUGAGUUAAGUUGGGCGUUCGCCGGGUGAAUGAUUGAUGUAAUUGUACCAGUUGUACCGGAUCGUGCUCGAUCCCCGUCGCAGUGAUUUAUAAAUAAAAGAUUUUUAUAGUCUG